AUGUUCCAAUCAUUACUUUAUCAGUUCAAAUUGAGGUUUCGAAUGAUCAAUCCAUGUAAAGAUUACAAUCAUCUUUUAGUUGACAUUAAAUAAGAAUUUAAAUUUUUGAACACUACUCAAUAAUAAUGUACAUUGCAUUCCAAAGAAUAAUUAAAUGAAUCCACAUAUCUAAUGAGAUUUGGUAAUUUUAGUAAUUUCAAACUAGCAAUUCCACAAUAAGAUAAAUGCCUAGGUACCAGAAUUGGACAAUAUAUUUCAUUAAAUGAUCCUAAAUUUGAUAUUAACACUACGAGAUAUUAUUGUCCUAUUUCAAGAAUCGAUGAUGUAGGAAUGUUUGAUUUAUUGGUUCAUGCCAUUUACGCUGAAAAUAAGAACUUUUCUACCCACAUCACAACAUUAAAUGUAAUACUUACAAUAAUCAAAAGGAAGGGCAUAUUCUAAAUAUUAAUGGGCCUUUUACCAAUUACCUUUACCAUGGAUAUGGUGCUAUUGAAGUCCCAAAAUAUAAUAUCAAUUCAAAAUACUAAUAUAUUGGAAUAGUUGCAGAGUCUUCUGCUAUUGCAGCCUUUUUCUAAGUUAUUAAAAAUAUCUAUAUAACGAUAGUUAAUAGAAGGCAUAGCUACCAAUGGUGAUAAUACUCAUAUAGGAUUGCUUUACGUAGCUGAUACUCUUGAAGAACUAGUUUUGAUGGAGGAAUUAAUGUGGUACAUGGAAGAGAAAAAGAUAAAUGCUACAUUUAUGUUGAGAAAUGAAAAAGACCUAAUUAAUAAGCUGUUUAGUGGUCCCAAGGGCUAAUUAAAACCCAUUUAUUUGGAAUAGUAUUUGCCAUAACCUAGUGAUCAAACUUUAGUUCUUGUGUGUGGGAGUAGGUAUAUAUUAUAAUUUAAUUUAUUUUCAGGGCAUUUAAAAAAGAAACAAAAUCCCAAUUAGAAAAUAUCAAUCACCAAAAUAUAGCUAUUAUUUGA